CGCCGACGUCGGUUUCAUCCCCUUCAAACGGCUCUUACAUGGCCGACCUGCUGCACAGGCUUCCCCUGUUGUUCCUCGUCGUCUUGCUGCUUCUCGCCGUUGUCUUCUACCACGUGUGUCUCAUUGGCCUCGUCCCGGCCGCGUCUCGCAGAAGGAGAUCUCCCAAGAAGGCCGACAGGAUGGCUGGACGGCUGCCGAACGGCAGACCGGCAGGCACAUCCGGCGGAUCUAUCAAUCGCCAACGCAGUGCGGGGUCGGUGGCGAAGCAGCCGUACGACCCGAGGUUGUAUGCUUACCUGCCUUCUCACGAGAUUCCUCUACCGUCUUCGGAUGACGAGGGAAGGGAAGCCAGGUCGCCGACUUUGCCGUUGGGAAGCGGUUCUACGCAGGACUGGGCGGCGACGCAAUCCUGCGGCGCCAGGGGGGUGGAGACGCCGUGGUCUUACACGUCACUUCUGAAUGAGGGGCUGGGCGAUGACGACGGCGAUGCAGCGGUCCAUCUGAGCUUUCAUCUGUCGAGCAGCAGCGGGGCAGCCGCAAUGCACACUCGGAUCAUCAAUCCCCACCCGGGUGGGGAUUGCGCGGAAAACACGCAAGGCGCUGUCUGCGGCCCACGAGACGACGGUCUGCCUCAAUCAGUUCGCGACGGUGGAGGUGAUCGUAAUAACUCGUCGCCGAGCGUCGGUGGAGGAUUCAGUGCGCAAAGACGACUGGACUGGAUGCGCUUGCUUCCGGCGGAGGAUUUGAUUGGGGGAGUUCCGGACGUGCAACGCGACGGCAGGCAGGUAUGGGCAGAAUGCAGGCAGGAGUUACAUCGAGGUGAAACGAAAACGAUCACCAGAGGGGUGCAACGGCUGCACGUCGACGAAGUGGAAGACACGGCUGUUGAUGAGGGGCAGGGGUGUGACGACGUGGACGGCGAGGACAGUUGCAAGUCCGACGAUUUACCAGACAUCAGGCCGCUUGGAAGGAGGGCGACGAGAGGCGGAUCCGGUGCUAAGAAGGGCCCCGCCACGAAACCGAGACGGACGAAGAACAUGGAUGACGAUGGCGUGGGCGGCCGGAAUUUCUGGUCGGUGGGAGACAUGGUCGCGCUCGUGAGGGCGAAAAGGGAUCAAGAUCUGUAUAUCGCCGGCCUGGGGACUAGUUUCGCCUGCAUGAAAAUGGCCGCGUGGAAGUGGGAGGACGUGCGGGUGAGGUUGCAGGCGAUGGGAGUGACGAGGGAUGUCGUCGACUGCGGGAAGAAAUGGGACAACUUGAUGCAACAAUUCAAGAAGGUGCACAAGUUUCAUAACCUCUCUGGCGGGAAGGACUACUUCAGGCUUGCUUUGAGGGACAGGCGAUCGGAGGGCUUCAGCUUCGUCAUGGACCAGAGCGUGUACGACGAAAUGGAGGCCAUGACGAAGGGGGAUCACACGAUCCACCCGGCAAAUUUGGCGGCCACUGGGGCGGCGGGGGGGGUUCAAAUGCCCGCAGGCGCGGGGGGGGGGGGGGGCACCAUGGGCGGCGAUGGUGGAGGGGAGACGGCAGACGAGGAGCAGGGGUCGACGAAAGACUCGUCAUUCGGCGCGGGAAGCGGCGGCGGUUAUGGGAAGAGGAAGAACAUGCGGCAACAAACCUUUGAAGCCGUCGCCGACGUCAUGGAGAAGCAUGGUGCGCUCAUGGCGAGCACAAUGGACAGCGCCAGCAAGCGACAAUGCUCUAUGAUCAUAAAGCUGUCCUUGCAGCAUAUCCAGUACUGGAGGUCGGUGCACACAGUGACCAGCGACGAAAUCCACGCGGGACGCCACCUGCCUUCUGUCCUCGACGCACCGCGCAGCCAUCGCAUGGUCGCCCCUGUCUUCGCGCUCCAUGAGUGGGACUUCUGCACUGUCGUCGUCGAUCGCGCCCGACGAUCGUCUGGCAAGCACAAGGACGUCCACGCGGAGCAGACUGUCCUUAUCGUCGCGGACAACUCUACGUCGUUCAGAGGGGUCGGCCGUGGAAAGAAGCGGGAGAACGUCCCUGCUGACACCCAGAGGCGGUCAGGGGGUCGGCAGCAUGUCCCCAAGUCGAAGAGGCUCCGUUCAGAAGAGCCAUCACCAAAGGAUCCUGUCCGACGAGGGCGGUAUUGGGCGGCAUCGAACGAAGACGAAGAUGACGGCGUGUUCAUGACAGAGGAGGAAGCAGCAGAUGACACUGUGGCGGCACCCCGGGGCAGUAGUCUUCAAGCGAAGAAUGAUCAGGCCGCGGCGAGGAGAUUGCCCACUCCCUCCCCGGAGGAGCAACAAGGUUGUGGGCAGAGCAACACGAAAGCUAAGGAGGUUGUAGUCGACGUCCGCGACGAGGACAAUGAGCCAUUGGGAAGCCGCAGGAAGCGAAAUGCAAUGCAAGGUGCCACGGCGACGGGAGUAAGGAUACACGCCGCGCAUGAAGAAAGGCCACCUCAGGGCGCCAUGUCGUCCACGCCGUCACAGCCGCGACCGCGCAACACGGCUGCAGAUGGAGGGUCUACCGAACGCGGGGGAGGUGAGGUGGCCCAGCAAGAAGCGUGCGUGGCGAGCGCUGGUGCAGGCGCGGGGUCCUCGGGCAAUGUCGCUGUCGUGGCGGGGGCGAGAGAGGAGGUUCUUGUUGUGGAGCGAGAGGUUGAGCGCGGCGAGAAUAAGGGCAAAAAAGAGGACGACGACCCCCUUUUAAGCCGGGAGCGGAGGGGAGGGUUGGCGAGAGAUCUUGCCGACCGUACCCGCCUGUGGGUCGACGACAAAGCGUUUUGGACAACGGGGGAGGGGCGCCGGCUCUACGACAUCGUCCACCGAACGUGGAAGCACUUCGAGGCCAUCGCUAGCGGGGUGCAAGCGCCCGUCGUGUCCAGGAGCAUCGUCAUGCCGAAAUCUGCGACGACCCUCACGAGGAUUGUUGAUCCCGCUCAACUACAGCAAGCGAUCAUCCGCGGGGGGGCUGCAGAGAACAUAGCUCUGCGCGUCUUGCACGGGUGGGUGUUCAAGUCAGGGAACCGCCCCCGCGGAUACAAUCUCGCUUUCCGACCUCAAUAUAGACUUGCCACUGUGGUUUGCGGGGGUGAACAUCGACGACAGGCCGGAGGACGAUGACAUGACUGCGUACCAGGAGUCGACCGUCAUGUGCGUCGCACAUGCAUUUCGC